AUGGGAUCAGACUUUGACAACGAAAAUGACUGGAUUAAUGCCUCUCGUGGUAAGAUUGCAGCUAUCCCUGCUGGGGUGAUCCUGUCCAGGCCAUCAAAGAGGGAAGAAUCUCGCGUUGUGUGGAAUUACGAUUCCUAUGACUUCCUUGGGGAACUUGAGCCUCCUGCGCACAUGGCCAAUACCUCGCUCUGGAGGCAGUCACGCUUGUGCUACGAGGGUGGGCUUUUCCAAGUCACUUCCGGCCCGGAAGGUGCUAUCUACCAAGUCCGCACAUACGAUCUCUCAAACAUGACAAUCGUCGAGAUCGGGAGUUCAAAUGAGGUCAUCGUCAUUGACCCCCUGACUUCCGUUGAGACUGCAAAGGCGGCCUUUGAGUUGUACGUCAAUUACAUGAAGAACUACAUCCCAGAUGUGAACAUCAAAGUGAAGGCCAUAAUCUACACCCACUCGCACGCAGAUCAUUUCGGAGGAGCAGAGGCCAUUAUGCCCUACGCGGCCAGCAAGGAUAUCCCAAUUUAUGCGCCGGAGGGAUUCCUCGAGCACGCCGUCAGCGAGAAUGUGUACGCAGGCAAUGCUAUGAGUCGCCGGUCGGUCUACAUGUACGGUGAAUCCCUGGAUGUUGCUCCCCACGGCCAGAUCGGAGCCGGACUAGGCCUGGCCUUGUCACAGGGAACAACUUCGCUCAUUGCGCCCACCCACUACGUCAAGCAGGAUGGCAAGCUGAAGCCGGAGAUUGAGGGCAUGGAGCUCAUAUGCCAAUUGACCCCGGGCACAGAAGCGCCAUCCGAGAUGAACUUUUACUUCCCAUCUCUGAAGGCGCUUUGCAUGGCUGAGAAUGCAACCCACACCCUCCACAAUCUCCAGACCUUGCGUGGUGCACCUGUCCGCGACGCCCGCCUCUGGUCGCGCUAUCUGGAUGAGGCGAUUGCCCUGUUCGGUGAUAAAGCCCAGGUGGUCUUCUCCAGUCACCAUUGGCCGACUUGGGAGACGUAUGACGAUAAGGGGAAACCCGAGAAGAGAAUCAUCUCAUUUAUGUCGAGACAGCGCGAUUGCUACGCAUACCUUCACAACGAAACCCUGCGCCACCUGAAUAACGGAAUGACGCCCUUGGACAUUGCCGAAGUGUUGGAGCUGCCUCCAUCCCUCCGCGAUGUCUGGGACCUUAGAGGCUACUAUGGGUCGGUGAGCCACAACGUCAAGGCCAUUUACGACAAAUACAUGGGAUGGUUCGAUGGAAACCCUGCUAACCUUUGGAAACAUCCCCCGAAGGCUGAAGCUAUGAAAUAUGUUGAUUGCAUGGGUGGUGUCGACAAGGUGGUGGAGCUGGCCCAGGGCUAUAUUGACAAUCAGAACGACCUGCGUUUUGCGGCUACUCUUCUCAAUCAGGCCGUCUUUUCGGACCCGAAACAUAGAACCGCCAAGAAGGUCCUUGCCAAUGUAUACCGGAAACUUGGCUACGGGGCAGAGAAUGCAACUUGGAGAAAUAUCUAUCUCACCGGUGCGAAGGAGCUGGAAGGUGAGGUUCAGGGUUCUAUCAAUUCCAUGGCGGCCGAGGCUUGGUACGCGUUUAGUCUAGACGAGCUGGUUGACACCAUGGCCAUCCGAAUUGAUGGACCAAAGGCUUGGGACAAAGCCUUUACCAUUAACCUGAUGGUCGAAUAUCCCCCCAAGGGCGGCAAGGCCACCGACCCAGAAUACAAGGGCUGGCAUAUCAGGUUGAGCACUGCUGCUUUGACGGGCCAUGCCAUCGAGUACCUAGGGCCUAAGUCUAGGUCUGCUCCUGAGGCUCCGGCAACCCCUUCAGCGGAUUUGACACUUUAUGUGACUCAUGAGGAGCUCGUGCAGCUUUUCAAUGGCAAGCGUGCCAAUUUAGAGGGGCUCAAUUAUACUGGUGACGCUGGGGUUUGGGACACCCUGAAAUCGCUUCUUACCAUCCCGAAUCCGGCUUUCAAUAUCGUUACGCCCCUUGCCUACAUUGUCGAACCCACCGAAGCGAAAUAG